ACCUCAGCUGAAAACACUCUCUCUCUCUCUCUCUCCUAAAACCCUAUCCUUACUAAAAGCUUUCUCUUUUUUUUUUUCAAUCAACAAUGGCCUCCUCCACUCCCCCACCCCACUGUGCACUCACUACCUCUAAACCUUAUCAUCCCCACCCUCACCCCCAUCCCCACCCCACCCCCCGUAACAAUCAUCACCGCUACUGGUCUUCCCAGAAAGUCUCCUUGAAUCGACCCAACCCACCUCGCAAUGCUACCCACCCCCCACCUUCCCAAACCCCUAACUUUCUCUCUCUAUCUUCAUCAAAAUCGGACUUUUCAGCCGAUUUCUCGGGUCGUCGUUCGACCCGAUUCGUUUCCAAGAUGCAUUUCGGACGGACAAAGAUUUCGGGUAACGGACGUCAUUCUUCAUUUGCUGAGGAGGCUCUUGAAGAAGCUAUUCGUUGCUGUAAGAACGACGAUGGUUUAGAUCAAGUGUUGUUGAAUUUUGGGUCUAAGCUUUCUGGGUCUGAUGAUUUUACUUUUAUGUUCCGUGAGCUUGGGAAUCGAGGGGAAUGGGUAGCUGUUAUGCGUUGUUUUGAAUUCGCUGUUGGUCGUGAAAGGAAGCGUAAUGAGCAAGGUAAAUUAGCUAGUUCAAUGAUAAGUAUACUUGGUAGAUCAGGGAAGGUUGAUUUAGCUGAGAAAGUGUUUGAUAAUGCGGUGAAUGAUGGAUAUGGUAAUACUGUUUAUGCUUAUUCUGCGUUGAUUAGUGCUUAUGCGAAGAGUGGGUAUUGUAAUGAAGCGAUUAGAGUCUUUGAGACCAUGAAAGAUUCGGGCUUGAAGCCUAAUUUAGUGACUUAUAAUGCGUUGAUUGAUGCUUGUGGAAAAGGGGGUGCUGAUUUUAAGAGGGCGUCGGAGAUUUUUGAUGAAAUGCUGAGAAAUGGGGUACAACCGGAUAGGAUUACAUUCAAUUCAUUGCUUGCUGUUUGUAGCGGUGCAGGAUUGUGGGAGACUGCUAGGGGUUUGUUUAAUGAGAUGAUUUAUAGAGGAAUUGAUCAGGAUAUAUACACGUAUAAUACAUUUUUGGAUGCAGCAUGUAAUGGGGGGCAGAUAGAUGUUGCUUUUGAUAUUAUGUCUGAGAUGCAUGCAAAGAAUAUUUUGCCCAAUCAAGUCACCUACAGUACUGUGAUUCGUGGGUGUGCAAAAGCAGGGAGAUUGGACAGAGCAUUGAGUUUAUUUAAUGAGAUGAAGUGUGCAGGCAUAAAAUUAGACAGGGUUUCAUACAAUACUUUACUUGCUAUAUAUGCAAGCCUGGGAAAAUUUGAAGAGGCUCUUAAUGUUAGCAAGGAGAUGGAGAGUAUGGGAAUUAAGAAAGAUGUUGUCACUUACAAUGCUCUUCUGGAUGGGUUUGGCAAACAGGGAAUGUAUACCACGGUUAAGCAGUUGUUUGCAGAGAUGAAAGUUGAAAACCUUUCACCUAACUUAUUGACGUACUCCACAUUGAUCAGUGUGUACUUGAAAGGAGGUUUAUAUCACGAUGCGGCAGAGGUCUAUAAGGAGUUCAAGAAGCAAGGUCUGAAGGCAGAUGUUGUUUUCUAUAGCAAACUUAUUGAUGCCUUGUGUAAAAAAGGCCUUGUGGAGUAUUCUUCGUUGUUGCUUAACGAGAUGACGAAGGAAGGGAUACAACCAAAUGUUGUUACAUAUAACUCUAUAAUCAAUGCUUUUGGUGAAUCAGCAGGCAAUGAAUGUGGAUCAGAUAAUGUCACACCGAUUGUAUCCACUAUUUCUCAGAGUAAGUGGGAAUACACCGAAGAGGAUAAUAUCGUUAAGAUUUUUGAGCAAUUAGCUACUCAAAAGUCAGCUAGUGGGAAGAAAACUAAUGGUGAAAGACAGGACUUGCUCUGCAUUCUAGGUGUUUUCCAUAAGAUGCAUGAAUUACAAAUAAAGCCUAAUGUAGUCACAUUUUCAGCAAUCUUGAAUGCUUGCAGCCGAUGCAGUUCAUUUGAUGAAGCUUCACUCUUACUCGAAGAACUUCGUCUAUUUGAUAAUCAAGUUUAUGGGGUGGCACAUGGACUUCUCAUGGGUCAGCGGGAAGGUGUAUGGACACAAGCUCUAUCUCUUUUCAAUGAAGUGAAGCAGAUGGACUUUUCAACUGCAUCUGCCUUUUACAAUGCUUUGACUGACAUGCUGUGGCAUUUUGACCAGAAACAAGGUGCUCAAUUGGUUGUACUUGAAGGAAAACGUUCGGAAGUGUGGGAAAAUACAUGGACCACUUCUUGCUUGGAUCUGCAUCUGAUGUCUUCAGGGGCUGCAUGUGCAAUGGUCCACGCAUGGUUGCUUAGUAUACGGUCUAUAGUGUUUGAAGGCCAUGAGCUACCAAAGAUGUUGAGCAUUUUGACUGGCUGGGGCAAGCACAGCAAGAUAACAGGUGAUGGCGCCUUGAAACGAGCCAUUGAAGGCCUGCUCACCAGCAUAGGUGCACCAUUCCAGGUAGCAAAGUGCAACAUUGGGAGGUUCAUAUCCACUGGAGCUGUAGUAGCUGCCUGGUUGAGAGAAUCAGGCACACUUGAAGUGCUUGUUCUUCAAGAUGAUAGAAGUUACUUGGGUGCCACAAGGUUUGGUCAAAUUUCUAAUUUACAGCCACUAACAUUGUAGUCGUUUCUGUAUAAUUUGACGGGGAAUAUGACAUUUCAAUUCCAGUGUAAAUUAGUAUAUAAAUAUAUAUUCCUUUGUUGGAUGUGAAA